AUGGGAGGAACAACUUCAAAUGCGACUAAAACAACUGAUGAAAAUCUUGAAUCAUUGUCACUAAUUUGGCUCGAUGCAGAUGUUAAUAAUUCCAGGGAAAACAUUGAUGUACAAAAACGACUUCGCUCAAUAAUUAGUUAUUUAAAAACAUUUCAAGAUCCUGUAGAAUGCGAGAAAUACAUUCGAUCAGUUCCUGAUGGUGAUAGAAUGUUGUUUAUUGUGAGUGGAGGAUUGGGUCGAGAUUUAGUACCUCGUAUUCAUAAACUUCGGCAAAUUCUUUCGAUCUAUGUCUUCUGUUUCGACAGAAAAAAACAUGAAGAAUGGUCUCAAAAUUUUACCAAGAUAAAAGGUUUAUUCACUGACAAACAACAACUUGUUGCUCAAAUUCAAUCGGACCGUGAGAGAAGAAAAAAAGGUGAUGAGCCAAUCUUAUUUACUGUUCAAGGUCAAUCGACAAGUGAAUUAAAUGGUCAAUUUGUUCAUUCUCAAAUCUUUAUCGAUGUCUUACUUCGUAUAAAAUCAACCCCAACAGACAAAGAUGAAUUCAUUUCUCGUUGUAACACAAUAUACAAAGGCAAUGAUUCUGAAUUAAAGAUAGUCAAAGAAUUUAAUAGAAAAUAUUCUCCAGAUAAAGCUAUUUGGUGGUAUACAAGAGAAUCAUUUCUUUAUCGAAUGUUAAACAAGGCACUUCGAGUACAAAAUACCGAUGUACUUUUUCUAUUUCGGUUUUUUAUUGUCGAUCUACGACAACAAUUGAAUGAUCAUCGAUGCGCUGCACUUUGUCGUCUAUAUCGAGGUCAAAUGAUGUCAAAAGAUGAAGUGAAAACCCUGCGUAAUUCAAUUGGUCAAUUUAUUUCGAUUAAUUCUUUUUUCUCCACUAGUACCGAUCGUUUUGUAGCACUUCGAUUUCUAGAUUCGACUUCCGAUGAUCUUGAACAAGUCUUAUUUGAAAUGGAUGCUGAUCCUUCUGUCACAACUAAGCCUUUCGCUGAUAUUACAAAAUUAAGUUAUUUUCAAAAUGAAAAAGAAAUUUUAGUCAUGCUUGGAUCAAUAUUUCGAAUUAUUGAUGUACAUCAUGAUGAUAAUCAAGUAUGGAUUAUUAAAAUGACAUUAUGUUCUGAUGAUGAUCAUCAUCUCAAAGCUAUUUUUGAACAUAUGAAAAAUGAACAUGGUGGUGGAGAAAAAAAUCUUCUUUCAUUUGGAAAUGUCUUAGCAGAUAUGGGUAAAUUUGAUGAAGCUGAAAAAUAUUAUCUUCGUUUACUCAAUCAUCUCUCUCCUGAUGAUCCAGAUAUUGCUCGUUGUUAUCAUGGUCUUGGUAAUAUCACCGAUGAAAAAGGUGAUUAUGAUUCAAGUCUUGAAUGGCAUAAAAAAUCGCUCGACUUGAGACUCAAAGCAUUAAAAUCAGAUCAUCCUCAUCUUACACCUAGUUAUAUUAGUAUUGGAUGUGAUUAUUUUAAUAAAGGUGAUUAUCAACAAGCACUUAAAUCAUAUAAUACAGCAUUUGAAAUUAUCAAAAAAGCUUUUGGUGAAAGUCAUCCUGAUAUUGCUAUGUGUUUAAAUAAUAUAGGUUGUGUAUAUGAACGACAGAAAAAUGAUUCCAAAGCACUUGAAUAUCAUCAGCAAGCAUUAGAUAUUCGUUUAGAGUAUUUACCUGAACAUCAUCCUGAAGUUGGUCAAUCACAUCAUAAUUUGAGUAAUAUAUAUCGUUGUCAAGGUCAAUAUGAUCUUGCAUUGAAACAUUAUAAUGACUCACUUACAAUUAAAACAAAAUCUUUACCUUUAGAACAUCGUGACAUUGCAUUAACUCUUGAAAAUAUUGGUAAUAUUUAUAAAGAUAAAGAAGAAUAUCAAGAAGCACUCAAAUAUUACAAAAAAGCUGCUAAUAUUUAUUGUAGUUCAUUACCUCCUACACAUCCAAGUGUACUACAAAUUGAAGAAUAUAUUAGAUAUUUAUCUUAA